AGCUUCAUCGUUUCUUAUAUUUUACCCUGUUCAUCACCUCGUACGUAAUUUUGUGUUUUAGGUUAUCGAAAGAUUCGUUCUGGGGUUAAUGGGUAUUCGUAGAUCGUCAUUGGCCAUAAUAAUAUUGACAUGGCUUUCUGUGUUUGAAGGAUGUUUAAAUGUCGUCCAUGGCGACUUUAAUUAUAAAGAAGCUCUCACCAAGUCCCUCAUAUUUCUAGAGGCUCAACGCUCAGGGAAACUCCCUCCCAAUAACAGAGUCCCUUGGAGGGGAGACUCAGCACUUGACGACGGAAAACUCGCUAAUGUGGACCUUUCUGGAGGAUAUUAUGAUGCAGGAGAUAAUGUCAAAUAUGGUCUGCCCUUGGCUUUCACAGUCACUACUCUUUCAUGGGCUGCGGUAUAUUUCAAGGACGAGAUUCAAGCUGCGAAGGAGAUGGAUAGUGUUCGUGACGCCAUUAAGUGGGGCACCGAUUAUCUUCUCAAAUGUGCUUCCCGACGCGAUCGAUUAUACGUGCAGGUGGGGGACCCAGAAGAGGAUCACCAUUGUUGGGUUCGACCAGAAAAAAUGAAGACAAAACGAACAGUUUUGCAGAUUGGUGAAGGCACGCCCGGUUCCGAGAUCGCAGCAGAAACUUCAGUAGCAUUGGCUUCUUCUUCCGUUGUUUUCAGAAGUGUAGAUCGUGCCUAUGCUCGUCGUCUUCUCAACAAGGCCAAACUGCUUUUCAAAAUGGCAAAAACCCACAAGGGAACUUAUGAUGGAGAAUGUCCCUUCUACUGCUCUUUUUCUGGCUACAAUGAUGAGUUGUUGUGGGCAGCAACAUGGCUAUAUAUUGCAACCAAGAAGCCAAUGUAUUUGACGUAUAUUCAAGAGGAAGCCAUAAGUGCUUAUGUGAACGAGUUUAGUUGGGAUCUUAAAUAUGCAGGAGCUCAAGUUCUUAUCACCAAGUUACUUUUCGAAGGAGUACCGAAAUUGGAGACAUUCAAAUAUCAAGCCGAUAGUUUCAUAUGCUCCGUCCAUCCCGAGAGUCCCUACAGUCAGAUUAAAUUAACUCCGGGUGGCGUCGUUCACUUGAGGGAUGGAGCCAACACGCAGUAUGUGACCGGCACGGCAAUGAUAUUCACCCUCUAUGGCGAUAUUCUGGAAGAACACAAGCAAAAAAUCACCUGUGGAACCAAACAAUUCGCCGCGGCUGACCUCUUCAACUUCGCCAAAAGCCAGAUGGAUUACAUUCUGGGGAAGAAUCCGGAAGGAAGAUCAAUAAUGGUGGGAUUCGGGAACAACCCGCCAAAGCAAGCGCACCACAGAGGAGCGUCGGUGCCGAUGACGUCGGCAAACGAGGAGGUAGACUGUCCGGCGAGCUUCAUCAAAUGGUUACAACACGACGGACCAAACCCUAACGAGCUCACCGGCGCCAUCUUGGGAGGGCCCGACAAAAACGACCACUUCGACGACAAACGUACCGAUUCUGCAGCCACCGAACCAUGCACCUACGUCAACUCUCUUGCCGUCGGUCCUCUCGCGAAGCUCGCAUCUAUUUAUAAUAAAUAAUUUAAUAUUAAUUGUUUUCCCAAAGAAGAAAAAAAAAAGAAUACACAGUACGAUACAUCUACCAGCUAUACCACAAACUUGAAAGCAUUUGUUCAUUACCUGUUUGGUGGGCCGCUGCUGGCCUCAAAUUUGGUAAGCAUCGAGACAAUUAUAUUCGCUUUUCAUUAUUACUUCAUGUACGCCUUGGAGAUUUUGGAUACGGGCAUAUAUUUACAUUCCAUUUACACGCAAGGACUAACUAAUUCUCAUGUAGUUUUGAUUUCCUAGCUUUAUUGUAUUGUUCUUUCACCGAGCCACUGUGAUUUGGCUUUGGCUUGGGAAAUUUAUGUAAUUUACGUAUUGAGGACGGAUAUAUUAUAUAUAAUACAUCAGCUUCAAUA